GUUGACCACAUCUACUCGCUUCUCUCUUUCUUGAAUCUUUCCCUUUCCCCUUCCUAACUGUUUUAAAAAAAAAUUGGAAGUAUGGAGGUUAAUCAUUCUACCAUUGAAAAAUCUGAUGAACAGGUGAUUUGGAGAUCAUCAGGUGAUCAACAAUGGAGUGUUGCUACUACCCUUGUAAGAUCAUAUACCUGUUCUUUUUGCAAGAAAGGAUUCUCAAACGCACAAGCAUUAGGAGGUCAUAUGAAUAUCCAUAGAAAAGAUAGAGCAAAGCUUAGAGAAGCCUUUGAUGAUGAAAACUUGCUUUCUUUAAACUCGAUGAAUCCAGCUGAUGAUCCUCAUAAUCAUCAGGUUUCUGAAUAUAAAAAUCUUCCAUUAGAAUAUAGUGAAGAAGGAAGCUGUAUCCCUAAGACACCAUAUACUUUAUCUACAAGGGAUGAUGCUAGAACUACUCAUACUAACAAAGAGGAGACAAAGAUAAUUAAUCGUGUUGAUGGAGAAGAGGAUAAGAAGCCGCGGCAAUUGAUUCGUGAAUCGACCCGAUUAGAACUGGACCUUGAGCUUCGGUUGGGACCUGAGCCUCUUGAAUCAUCAUCUUCUUCAUCAUAAACGAGGAGUACUAGUACUACUAAUGCCAGAGAAUUCUUCUGAGAUGGAGUCUUUAAGCUCAUAGCUAAAAGAGGUUUUUUUUUUUUUUUUAAUUAUUGUAAUUUUCUUUUAUACCUACUUUUUCUUUCUUUUCAUACACUAAGAAACUUUAUCAUGCCCACUUCUGUAGAUAUACUUGAUCUUAUACUGCUUUUGUUUUUCAUCUUC